AUGACUUUCAAGUUAAUUAUCUUCUUCUUAAUCUUGGGUUAUACAUUUGGAUACAGAAUUACUGGUGAAGUGUGUCCACUUCCAUCAAGUUUGAAGACAAAUUAUGAUUUCAACUGGAAAUCAAAAACAAAUGAAUGGUCGAAUACACAGACUAAAGCAAGCUAUAUAAUGCUUGCAUUAUCAUGGAGUCCAACAUAUUGUGCAUCACUAACUCAAGCGGCACGUGAUAAAAAAUUUCAAUGUCAUCCAAGUAAUUCAUUCGGUUUGAUUGUUCAUGGUUUAUGGCCUCAAGCAUCGAACGCUGGAAAUGUUCGAGCUCAUCCACGAAAUUGUCGUGAUGAACCUCAAUUGAAUGCAACAUUUGUUAAAAGAUAUUUCUGUAUUAUGCCUGAUGAAGAUCUCGUUCAAGGAGAAUGGGAGAAACAUGGUACUUGCCACUAUUCAGAAGCAGUUGAUUAUUACACAGUGACGGAAGAACUUUUCAAAAGUCUUAAACUACCAGAACACAAUCUAUUAAAUACAGCAUCAGCCACAGCAAUCAAAAAUGAAUUUCUUACACUCAACGCACCGGCACUAUUUGCAUCGGCAAUUCGAGUCGAUAUGGAUUCAAAAGGUCGUUUCAAAGAAGUCAAAAUAUGCUAUGAUUUACAAUAUCAAUUUGCCGCCUGCACAUGA